AUGACGAAGAUAACUGAAGUUAGAAGUCUUUUCGAGGAAAAACUUAAAGAAGGUAUUCCGAAUCCGCCAGGUGAAUUCGAUCCACGUGAUCUGGAGAGAGUGAAAAGUGAUAAAUACGUGACAAGAGUGUUAGACCAUUGUGAUGGUAAUGCGAAAGCAUCUGCAAAAAUGCUAUGGGAUAUACUGAUGUGGAGGCGAAAAGUUGAUGCUAAUAACAUUGCUGAGAAAGUUAGUAUGAAUUAUUUAAAAGCAGGAAUCUUCUUUCCACGUGGAAGAGACAUAGAUGGUUCUCUGAUUUUUAUUACAAAGUGGAAACUGUACGUUAAAGGGCAGAGCAACGUAGAGGAAUUGAAAAAGGUCGUGAUAUACUGGUUGGAGCGGAUGGAGAGGGAAGAAGACGGAAAACCGAUUACUCUCUUCCUUGACAUGGACGGUUGCGGUGUCAGUAAUAUGGACCUGGACUUAGUUAUGUAUAUGGUGUCGCUUUUAAAGAAUUAUUACCCGAACUUCGUAAAUUAUUGCAUUAUUUAUCAGAUGCCGUGGAUUAUGUCGGCUGGAUUCAAGCUCAUUAAAGGUUUCUUCCCGGCUAAAGCUCUGGAGAGGUUCCGAUUCACUAACAAGGACAACCUUAAGGAUUUGGUUGUUUCAGAACAGGCUCUGGUCUGUUGGGGUGGAAAGGAUACGUAUGAGUUCGAAUUUAUUCCCGAAACAUGUGAAAGUUCACCUAAAAACUAA